AUGACACACCUACGAUGUCCCAGAGAAAGUGGAACAGUGUCUGCUGUGCCUGCGAUAAAAUCCAGUGAGGUUGACCCUAUACACUUGUUUUAUUGUUCCCAACAUGACGGAAAAACCGCAAAGUGCCCGACAAGUAGCUCCGAUGCGAGCAACUCGCUCAGGCUUCGACUUGCAGCUGGAGAUGUCGUGCUUGUGCUCGAGUUUAACAAUGCGUUGCUGCCGCAAAGCGCUAAGAUGGUCGCACCCGAUGCUGCCAACCUCUGGGGCGUUGUGGUGUCGGCGGAGGAGAUGGAACCCCGUGGACGUGGUAAUCAGUUGCUAAAAGUGCGAAUGUUUGCGGAUGAUAAUGUGCUUGCAGUGCCAAAUCAGUAUGCAGUCCGCAUCGCCGCAGCAUCGGAUUUUUCUCGUCCAGUGGAUCUUAUUCGUCACUGUUUGCAACGUCACGCGAUGGUGGAGCUUCAGCUACGACGGACAGACGGAAAGAUUGACGACGUCGAAGCAAAGCGCAUCCUGUUUGUUAGUUAUAAAUCUUUUGCAGCACGUCUUAAAGCGUUGAGAGUAACAGCAGCACAGGCUUUGAGCUAUGCAGAAGAAGGACUUGCUCGCUGGCGUCGAUUCCAUGAUUUGGCAGAGCCGCAUCAUUAUGACGGCCUCGGAGAUUCGGCACCCAUUUACUUUUACAUUGACACCCGUGGAUCGCGCUUUGGACAGCAAGUUUUAAACAGCAUGGAUACUGUCGAUAAUGUGGCAGAAGCUGUCAGAGACGUAAAUGAAGAUGUGUCAGUGACUGGUGCCGACACGGAUAGUGGUGGAGCUGCCGCCAACGGUUUGGCUCGUGGAUCACCGCACUUACAUAGACGACCGUACAGUGUUGGUAGAAGCCCCCACGAAGCGGAAGCUGAGCAACUUAUGAAAGCUGAUGCGAUACUUUCUGACACGCAUCUGACCCACUGUUCGCUGCCAAAACAGUCGCAAAAUAAAGCACUCAACAUACAUCAUUAA